AUGGCUGAGGUACAGUCCAGACCAGCUGCUUCUCGCGGCAGAGGCUCUGGUCGUGGCGGUCGCGGCGGAUUUGGCGCUCGGGGAGCGGGUCGCACCGCUACACGGACCCCUGCCGCCAAUGGCGACAGCAAGCAUGAAGAUUCAUCUCUGCCGACCCUGGAUGACGAGGGCGAGAUUGGCCAACUGAACAAGAAGUAUGGCAGCAAGGUCGAGAUCAUUAAAAAAAUAUUCGAGGACUGGUCCGACGUCGACAUUCUGUUCGCUCUGCGCGAGACCGAUGGCGAUGAGAACUUGGCCGUUUCCCGCAUCGCUGAAGGGACCAUCUCACAGUGGGGUGAGGUUUCGAAGCCGAAGAAAGAGCGCACGCGCCCCAAGGCCAAGAACGAGACAUCCGCAACUACCACUGCCGACUCCGGCCCUGCGGGCCCGCGAAAUGCCCGCGGCGGCCGCGGUGUUGACGGCGGACGAGGCCGCGGCAGAGCGACUGAGCGGGGUGGUCGCGGUGGUACACGCGGCAAGUCAACUCCUGCCGCCACCAAUGGUACUAGAAACAAGGAAUCCCAACCGCUUUCGGUUCCUACCGAUGAAGCUUCGGAAUGGAACACCAAGCCAGCUGAAGAAUCGGCCGGAUGGGGCGAAUCGACCAUUACAGAGACCCCGACUGUCCCAACUCCCGUCCCUAGCAGCACAACUACCGCUCCCAAACCCACCACAUGGGCCAGUAUGCUAAGGCAGUCGACUGCACCGAAAUCUGCGCCGAAACCGAAGGAGGCGCCCGCCCAGGCCUCCGAGUCAAUCAUGGAACCGCUGCCCCCGGCUGAGUCGACCGAGCCCGAGCCUGAGCCCGAACUCGAGAUUCCUGCCCCGGCCGAGCAGUCCGCUCCCGAACCCGUCGAGGAACCAGCACCCGCUGCUUCGACUGAGCCUAUUGUUCCGGCCGUUCCAGCUAUUCCGGUUGUUCCCUCGGUUGCGGUUCCCUCGGUCGCGCUCCUGCCACCCAAGGAUCAGCUCACUGAGACAAAUCUCGACAAGAUUGCAGAUGAUUCUCAUCCUCCCGAAACCGAAACCGCUGCUAGCGAGGCCGCUGAUUCCUGGGACCCGCGCGCCGCCCAAGCCAGCGCGACUGCAACCCCCGUAUCCGCCUCCCAUCAGCAGCAUCAGGCUGGCCAGACCCCCGUCAGCGGCUUUGCCACUACUGCGACCAAGGCGACGACUCGCCAGCCAGCCUUUCCUCGGCGUACGCUCGACCAGCUCGAGGCUGUCCGAAUGCCCGGGAACCGUGAUCAAGUUGACCGCGCCGCUGUUCAAUUUGGCGCUUUCAGCCUGAAUGGCCCCAUCGACGACGAUGUUGAUGGAGAUCGGGAAGAACCCGAGACUCGCCCUCAGCCCCCCGAAGACUCCCCCGUCACUCACCCUCGCACCUCGCUCCCGCCGACUCAACCCACACCUGUCCCCGAGGCCUUCUCCGCCCAGACUCAGAAGCCAGCCGCUUCUCAGAUCCCCACAGGACCUGCCGCUUCCACUUCUGCACCGGCUCAGGCGAGCCUUCCCGCCGCCACGCAGGCAGCCGCGCAGCCGCCUGUCGCAUCGAACAAUCAGCAGUUUGGCCGCUUCGGCCAACCUGCCUCCCAGGAGACAUCGGCAUUCCCUCCAGUGAAACCGUUCGAGUCAUUCGGCCAACAGCAGCCUAGUGCUUCGGCCGCACAGAGCCAGUUUGAAGGUGGUUUCCAGAGCCAGGCUCAGGCGACACAGCAGCAGUCGCAGCAACAGCCCGGCGGCCCCUUCAGCUCCGCUCCCAGUGAUUUCUCGUCCUACUAUACGGCGGACCCCCAAAAUCGUUACAGCUACUACAACCAGAACUUCGGUCAGCAACAGGGUGGACAGGCCCAACAAGACGCCUUGCCCUCGCAACCCCAGCGAUCAUUCGCUGGAUUCAACCCGUCUCAAAAUGACAACCUAAGCCAGUACCCCCAGAGCGGUACUCAGCACGGCCAGUCGCGAUUCAGCUCCGGUUCGGGUGCCGACGCGCCGGUCAGCGGAACGCCCGGCCCUGGUCAAUCGGCCAGUCAGGUUCAGACAGGUCCCAGUGGUCAGACCCAGGGCCAGCAGCAACCGCACGAUUACCCGUACAACCACCCCUACUACGGAAACCCUUAUUACUCUGCAUACAUGUACAACCAGGGUGGCUACAACCAAGGCGGAUAUGGUGGCCCCUACGGCAAGGCCGGGCUCGGCUACCAGCCGAACCAGUAUGGCCUGUCACCCCAAGGUCCGCAUGGAUACUCCUCUCCCGGAGCGUUCGGCCAGUCGACGUUGCAUCGGGAUAGCGGCGGUCUAGGCGACUAUGGCCGCGCCGGAUCUGCCCAGUCGGCUCAACAGGGCCUUGGCAGCGGAUUUGGUGGUGUGCACGACACAUUUGGUCGUGGUGGCACCACGUACCAGUCGCCGGCUGCGCAAUCGUUCAAUGCACCCGGUGCCCAGCCCGGCGGUGGACCGGCCGGCGCCGACGAUUUGAAGCCAUUUGGCGAUGCCAAAGCCGCUGGCGGGCCAAGCCCUUCGCUUGCCGCCGCCGCUCGUCCCGGCUCAGCGGCGAAUAACGGCCCGUCGCAGACGGGACUGCCUCCGCCGCAGUCUAGCCAGCAGAGCGGUCUCGGCGCCAUGGGUGGAUACGGUUACCCGGGCCAUAUCCAGGGUGCCCACAGCCUCCACGGCGGCCAGUCUGGCGCCGGCGGCUACGGCAUGAGUGCCAGCGGUGGACAGAGCCAUCAAAGCAGCUAUGGUGGCUACGGCGGCCAGGCUUUUGCCGGCAGCUACUACGGGAAUCCGCCUCGUGGAUGGGGCAACAACUAUCACUAA